AUGGGGACCCACGUGCUCAUCUUGCUGCUGCUAUCGUUGCUGUUCAACUACGCUCAUCUGCUGAUGGCUGGCACUUUGGGCCACGAGACCGCAGAUAAAGCUGCGCCCGUUCAACCAGGGGUUGAGGAUGACCUCGAAGAUGAUUUCAAGAAGCAAGAGAUGCACUUUCUUCGGGCCCUGGGUCUCACUGAGCGGCCCAAACCCUCGGCUGCUCGCCGCGCCAUCCCGGCUUUUAUGUGGAAGCUUUACCGCGGAGGUGAUGAUGGCGGUGCUGCUGGUGGCGGUGCUGAUGAUGGUGGCGGUGGUGCUGGUGGCGGUGCUGAUGAUGGUGGUGGUGCCGAUGGCGGUGCUGAUGAUGGUGGUGGUGCCGAUGGCGGUGCUGAUGGAGGGGAUCGAGAGCGGCCGUGUCGCCUACCCCGAUACGGAGUGACCGGCAACAUCAUUCGACAUAUUCCAGACCAAGGCAGCCACGUGGACCUUCCACGGAUCUCCACGACGCGUUCGCUCUGCGCGUCCCGACGGCUCCUCUUCAACCUGACGGUGGCGCAGAAGGCCGGCGAGAAGGUCGGGAUGGCUCGGCUGCAGCUGGUCCUGCCGCCAGCGUCCUACGGCCCCAAAAGCGGGGAAGUGCCCGUGUCCCUCCGGAUCUCGGCGAUACACGAAGCAGGAGGGACGGAGCAGCAGCUGAGAUCCAUUGUGUCGAGUUCCGUGAGGCUCUCUCGCUCGGCUUGGACCUUCGACCUGACCGAGGAGGCGCGGAAAGCCAUCGGCCAAGGACAGCUGAGCGUCUUCCUGGAAAUUGAGGAGGAGGAAGAGGAUGUGUUGCACACCGACGUGGAAGAGGAACUUCGCUCCUCGCUGCUCCUCAUCUCCAUGGAUGGCUCUCGGUGCACGACGAGACGUGCCAAACGGAGCGCAUCCCGCAUCUCCGUCACUCCCAGCAACGUGUGCAAGCGCCGACGACUCUACGUCGACUUCCGAGACGUGGGCUGGCACGACUGGGUGAUCGCUCCGCAGGGAUACCUGGCCAAUUACUGCGCGGGCGAGUGCCCCUACCCGCUCGGGGAGGCCCUCAACGGCACCAACCACGCCGUGCUGCAGACGCUGGUGCACGCGGUGGACCCGCGCGGGGUGCCACAACCGUGCUGCGUGCCCGUGCACCUGUCGCCCAUCUCCAUGCUCUACUACGACAACAGCGACAACGUGGUGCUUCGUCACUACGACGGCAUGGUGGUGGACGAGUGUGGCUGUCGGUAG